GCGCAGCAAACCGAACCGAGACUUCGAAGGAAUAAAUACAUGAUGAAGAGUCACGAAGGUCGAACAAUUCCCGGCAAUAAAACGCGGUUCCAAGUUAGCGUUGUGAAGCCCCGACAUCGGCGUCUCGGCUGGACAAGCACAAGCAUCGCAACACCAAAAUCUUCCGUUCGCUGAGCUCGACUUUCAACACCACACGACACAGUUCCCGCAAUGGCCGCCCGCACGCUGAGAAUCGGCCUCAUCCCCGGCGACGGCAUCGGCCGCGAAGUAAUCCCAGCCGGCCGCCGCAUCCUCGAAGCACUCCCCUCCUCCUUCGGCCUGAAAUUCAGCUUCUCGCACCACGAAGCCGGGUGGGACACAUUCCAAAAGCAAGGCGUAGCUCUCCCGGACAAAACCGUCGAAGCCCUGAAAUCCGACUGCGACGGCGCCCUCUUCGGAGCCGUCAGCUCGCCCACCACCGCAACAAAAGGCUACUCGUCCCCCAUCGUCGCGCUGCGGAAACGCCUAGCCCUCUACGCCAACGUGCGCCCUGUUAAGAGCAUCAAGAGUGCAGCCCGCCCCGUCGACUUGGUCAUCGUGCGCGAGAACACCGAGGAUUUGUAUGUCAAGGAGGAGCGCACGUAUAACGCUGCGGAUGGGACCAAGAUCGCAGAGGCGAUAAAGCGCAUUUCUGAAACCGCGUCGUGGAACAUCAGCGCCAUGGCGGGCGACAUCGCGCUGCGGCGCCAGCGCGUGCGCGACGCAGGCGUGAACAGCAUCCACGCCCGCCCCCUCGUCACCAUCACGCACAAGAGCAACGUGCUGUCGCAAACAGACGGAUUGUUCCGCGAGACGGCGCGCCGGGCCCUCGCGCAAAACACAUACACCGGCGUCAACGUGGAAGAGCAGAUCGUAGACUCCAUGGUGUACAAGCUGUUCCGCCAACCAGGCGACUACGACGUCAUCGUCGCGCCCAAUCUCUACGGGGACAUCCUAUCCGACGGCGCGGCCGCACUGGUCGGCUCGCUGGGCCUUGUGCCGUCGGCGAACGUGGGCAAGGACUUUGUCAUUGGCGAGCCGUGCCAUGGGUCUGCGCCUGAUAUCGAGGGCCAGGGCAUUGCGAAUCCGAUUGCGACGAUAAGGUCCACGGCGCUUAUGCUCGAGUUUCAGGGCGAGGAGGAGGCAGCUGCUAGGAUCUACGAGGCUGUGGAUGCGAAUCUCGAGGAGGGGAGGUUGUUGAGUCCUGAUCUGGGGGGUAAGGCGAAGACGGAGGAGAUUAUUGAGGAUAUUUGCCGGAGGUUGUAGAUGGGCUUUGUUGAUGGGGGGAAGAAAAGUUUGCAUGUUUGUGUACGAUUUGCGCGGUAUUCUAUGGCUUGGUCUUGACUUUCUUCCCGUCUAAUACUGUCCAUGUGUAUCCCAUCCCAUCCCAUUCCUCAAACGCCUCGCUGAUGAUUCUACCCACCCUCUAAUCCAAAUCCCCAUCAUCCACCGCCUUCGUCCCCCCACCAUGCACCUUCUCAAACGUCGCCUCAGGCGUCGCAAUACC